AUGCCUGCAUCAAUGAAAUCAUCAUCAAAAUUCAACUUAUCCACUAAUUCAAAACAUUCAUCUCAAUCAAUUAAAAUGGAAAAUCCAGAAUUGAUUCAACUACUUGACUGUGUUGGUGAUGAUGAUGAAAUAGUUAUUGUAGAACCUACAGAUCCAGAUGAAGAUCGUAUGAAACAGGAAGAUACAAAAUUCGAUGAUGUAUUAAAGAAAGAACAAGAAGAUUAUGCAGAGCAAGAUUACAAUGGGAAUGAUGUAGACAUGAAUUCAAAUGACUCUCAUAUGAAAAGUGAAUCUCACAUUCCAGUGUCGAAUAGUAAAUUGGAUGAACCCACUGGAAAUGGAACUGCAGUCACCGUAACCACAGAUUCGGUUAAACCUAUUGGAAUUCUACCUCUGAAUGAUGCCAUUCACAAUUUACUCACAUUUACACCACAUGUUGCUCCCACCAUACAAAAUGUUCCACUUCAACCUAUACUGUCGAGUAAAAUGAAUGGAUCAGGAAGUGUGCAAUUGCCGAGUGUUGUUUCCAAUGCAUUGCCUACAUUGUGGCUUCAUUCUCCUGUUGUGAAUUCAACGGGAAUGAGUAUGCCUAAUGUGAAUAGUGUGACAGAUUUGACGAGUAAUAUUGUACAGAAUAGUGCGACUGCACUGAAUCCACUUGUUGCUGCUGUGCUUGUGAAUUGUGCCACAGUGAACAUGAUAAGUCAGCUAGCUGGAUCUAUGUGUACUCCGAUGGUGAACAGCAGCAUGAUCGAUGGUAAUGUUAAUGGUAGUAAUGUGAACAAUAAUAGUACCCACACUAGUAGUGCUUGUAGUGUUAAUAGUGGUAGUGGUAGUGUUGGUGUUGGUGUUGGUGGUGUCGGUGUUGGUGUUGGUGGUAGUGGUGGUAGUAGUAGUGGAGUCAACACUGUAAUAAUCCCUACAGCGUCAUUACUUCCCAAUUUGUUAUCUGCGAUUCCGUUGUCUACGUAUAUAUCGGGAUUAGGACUGAAUACAAGUGGAGGUAUAAUUACUGCACCAAAUAGUUUGUGUAAUGUUGGCGUUACUAGUACAGUUGUCUCGUCUGCUGCAACUCUCAAUACGAACAAUAAUAACAAUAAUAAUAUUGGUGGUAUAAUUGUGACACCAUCGAAUGUUGAUAAUAUUAUGGUUUCACUGUCAUCUUGUAGAAAUCAAGCUGAAAGCAAUAAUGUGAUGUAUAAUACUGAAAGAUCCGUUGUAAAUAAUUCAUCUAAUGAAAUUAUCAAGAAUAUUGAGAAUAAUAAUGGUGAUAAUAAUAGUGCAACAACUGUAAAAUCCGAAUCAUUCCAGUCAUAUAUGAUAAUUCCUGAUUCCAGAACAAUGUUUAGUACUAAGCCUACAAGAGAAUUGAGGAAGUAUCACUGUACAUAUCCAGGAUGUGACAAAUCGUACGCUAGACGAUGCCGAUUGAAUCAACAUUUAUUGACACAUAGUGAUACUGCUCCGAUAUCUUGUGAUGUACCGAAUUGUAAUGUGAAAUACUUUUCAGAGGAGGAUUUAAAAAGACAUAAAUUAUCUCAACAUGCAUCCGUUGACAAGGAUCCGCGUCGUCGAUAUGCUUGUACUUUUUCUGAAUGCAAUCGAUUCUUUCCAGAUUUGAGUAAACUCAAGGAACAUUUAAGAACUCAUACUGGUGAAAGGCCCUACGUUUGUAGAAAAUCUGGUUGUGGUGCUUCCUUCACUCGGUUACACAGUGUGAAACGUCAUGAAUUUACGCACGUACUUACACGUAAAUUUAAUGAACGACGUUCUUCAUCAGCUGACACUGUAACUAAUUGUACAAACCCGAAUAUUUCUGACACUUCUGGAUUUUUACACACUAAUUCUAAAAUCACUUCACCGCCCAGAUCGCCAAUAUCAAAAGAAUCAACGGAAAGGAGAGAUGUAUUGUUGAAUUCAUCAAAUAUUCCAAAAAGUCGUAUUCUCCCAACUAUUGCACCUAAAUCUACAGUUUCUCUUCCUAGUCCUCAUAGAAUUAGGAGGCAAGAAAUAAGAAUACAUUUUGUUUGUCCAUUUAAGGAAUGUGGUAUUGCAUUCUUAAAAUCAAGUAAACUUCGUGAUCAUAUAUAUGUACAUACAGGUGAACGACGAUUUGUGUGUGAUCAAUGUAAUGCAUCAUUCGUUCAAAGGUAUGAAUUACGUAGUCACAGUGUUAUCCAUCUUCGUGGUGCACAACCAAGAAGUUUAUCACAACAAACAAAUGAAACACUUGAAUCUAUUGUCACAAACAGUCAGAUUUCUAUCUCUACUGCUCCCAUUACUACUCCCAAUACUGAUACUAUUACUACUAAUAAUAAUACUAUUCCCACUGUUGCUACGACAGUUUCUUCAACCAGUUUUAUUUCAGAUACUACAAAUUCCACCAUAUCUACUGUUCCUGUUUGUAUCAAUACUCUUAAAGUUGAAGAAGAGUCACAACUCAUCAAAAUGGAAGAAAUUACUGAACAAUCAACAAGUUUGCAACCAUGUGAUACUGAUGAUCAGGUAACAGACUGUAUUGAUAAAUAA